AUGGAGGCUUUCCUGUGGCCUCUGGUGAUCUUUCAUAUCAUCGUGGGCGUCGUUGGUUUGCCAGGUAACGCUCUCAUCGUUUUGGUGUAUGGAAGGAAACGACAGUUGAUGAGCCCGCAUGUCUUUAUCCUCGCCCUGGCUGUAGCGGAUCUGAUGGUCUGCCUUUUUACCCCCGUCACCGUCUACCAUUGGUACAUCAGACUCAACUACACCAGUGACUUUCUUUGCCGUCUUGUCCUCACUGUGACUUUUGUCACCGUCUACAACUCUUGUUUCUUGACAUCUGCCAUCGCAGUGGACCGGUACCAGGCCAUCUGCCGGCCGCACCGGCGCUGGAUGACCGUCCGGCGCGCCAAAAUCACGGCGGUGGUCUGCCCGUUUCUGGCGAUACUCAUCAGCGUUCCGGUUUUUUUGUCGUAUGACGUGGAACCUCAUGCCCAAGAAUCUGACACAGGAGUUUGCACGCACAGUAAAACAGUACCCAUCUGGGUGACAUAUUUAAUGACCACGGUAAUUUAUGCAGCAUCCCUGUUCACCCUUGUCACCAACAUAGUUCUUUACGGGAAGAUGUACCGUGCAAUCCGUAAACGAGCCGCCGUGCAACCUGGUCAUGAUCGGGCCAAUGGACCAGCAGAAAGUAUGACAUGUACCGGUCCUCGCCCGACCAGUAAAAACGCACCGUUAUCGACAUGUCAGUCCGGGACUGAAGUCGCCACAGUUUCUGACCAAGAGAUGAUGAACGUCAACCAACGUAUCCAGACCGCGAACACUUCAGGGCAACAUCUAAGAACAUAUCGUCAAAACUGUGGUAAACGUCAACAAAAACAAAAACAAAAGUCGCAACAGCAGGUAGGCCUACACAACAUGUGCCUCCAUCAGCAGCAGUUGCGAGAAGAAGAAGAACAACAGCAGCAGCAGCAGCAUCAUGAAACAUCUUUUACGCUCAACAUCCAGAACCUCGCGAAUGUGUCGACAGUCAACAGGCUCUCUAAUCAAUUAGCAACUGGUACGACCGACAACCCAGUUCGACAGCGUCGACAGAGACCUCAGACGCAGAGAUUGCACGGUAAGACGACCAAAAUGCUGCUUAUCACCACCGCGGUCUUCUUCGCUACUUGGCUACCGGCGCUUUGUAUUUUCGUCCUGCCGCAGGACGUCGAGAAUUUCAUCCAUGAUAACAACCAGGUUGGCUACUCACUCCUUUACCUGUUCAGGUUUAUAUUUUAUUUGAACAACGCCAUUAACCCGCUUAUCUAUGGCUUUGUGAACGAACGGUUCCGUGAAGAUUGCAAGAAGACCUUGUCUGCACUAACAUGUUUCUGUCGAGUAACUCGUUGA